AUGUUUGGCAGCUCCACUGGCGAAAUUAUGGUAACCAACGACGGCGCCACGAUCCUGAAAGCCAUUGCCCUCGACAACGCGGCCGCCAAGGUGCUUGUCAACAUCUCAAAGGUGCAAGACGACGAAGUCGGUGACGGAACCACAUCGGUCACAGUCCUUGCCGCUGAGCUCCUCCGCGAGGCCGAGAAGCUUGUAGACCAGAAAAUUCACCCCCAGACCAUCAUCGAAGGAUACAGGAUAGCAAGCGUGGCGGCGCUGAAGGCUCUGGAGAAGAUUGCGGUGGACCACAGCCAGGAUGAGACUGCUUUCAGGCAAGACCUGGAAUCGAUUGCCCGCACAACCUUGAGCUCCAAGGUCCUGUCCCAAGACCGACAACAAUUCGCGAAGCUCGCAGUAGACGCCGUGUUGAAGCUCGGCGGCUCGACCGACCUUACGCACAUCCAGAUCAUCAAGAAGGCAGGAGGCAAGCUCAAGGACUCUUACCUGGACGAGGGGUUCAUUUUGGACAAGAAGUUCGGUGUGAACCAGCCGAAGCGCAUAGAGAACGCGAAGAUCUUGGUUGCAAACACAGCCAUGGACACGGACAAGAUCAAGAUCUUUGGCGCAAGAGUGAAGGUUGACUCGACCGGCAAGCUGGCCGAGUUGGAGAAGGCAGAGCGUGAGAAGAUGAAGGCCAAGGUCGACCGUAUCAAGGCGCACGGCAUCAACUGCUUCGUCAACCGACAGCUCAUCUACAAUUGGCCAGAGCAGCUCUUUGCGGAUGCCGGCAUCUGCUCCAUUGAGCACGCAGACUUUGACGGUGUCGAGCGGUUAGCGUUGGUCACUGGCGGAGAGAUUACUUCGACAUUCGACCACCCAGAAAACGUCAAGAUUGGCCAGUGCGAUCUGAUUGAGGAAGUCAUCAUUGGAGAGGACACUUUGAUUAGGUUUUCCGGUGUCAAGGCCGGCCGCGCAUGCACAAUCGUCCUUCGUGGCGCAACUGAGCAGCUCCUCGACGAAGCAGAGCGCUCGCUCCACGAUGCUCUCGCCGUUCUCUCACAGACAGUCAAGGAGCCCCGCACUACGCUUGGUGGCGGAUGUGCCGAGAUGAACAUGGCAAAGGCCGUCGCGGAGGCUGCACAGAACGUGGCUGGCAAGAAGGCCAUUGCGGUCGAGUCCUUCUCCAAGGCACUCCAGCAGCUACCCACCAUCCUGGCCGAUAAUGCAGGAUUCGACUCGAGCGAUCUAGUGACCCGCCUCCGAAAGGCAGUGUACUCGGGUCUUACCAGCUCAGGACUAGACCUCCUGACACCCGGUGGUGGUAUUACAGACAUGAGGGAGCUAGGCGUCAUUGAGAGCUACAAGCUCAAGCGUGCGGUGGUCUCGUCGGCAUCAGAAGCCGCAGAAUUGCUUUUGCGAGUAGACAACAUCAUCCGCAGCGCUCCUAGGAGACGCGACCGCAUGUAA